CCUACCUACUUACUACAGAAGGUCCUUGAUUCUUUCUUAGUGGGCCUGCCGAGUGCAGCUAGCGAACCAGUUUCGACUUAAUCCUUGUUCUCACAGGGCGUGGAAAUCCUCAGUUUCACAGGCACAGGCUGCCCACAAAGAGGAAGAUGUUAGGCCCCUCGUAUCAACAUGUCGCAGGGUCUUCCAGUUCACGGUCGUUCUCCACAGCGAAGGACAUCGUGCGGAGUACUCACGCCAGAACGGGGCUACUGUUAUGGUUGCGUGAGUAGAUCUUCAGCUUCUUCUAGAGAAAAAAAACAGAAGAGAAUCUUCUAGAGAUUUUGCGUGGGUCUAGAGAAAAAAUUUAGAACUACUCGUGGUUGACUUGAAUCCAACAGUGACUUGAAUCCCUCUGAGAAAUACUAGUACGUAACCCCUUGUAGCACCCUCUAACCUCACGAGGCUGGAAUCGGCUAGCUGAUGCAGUGGGCGCGACGUUGGGGCCUCGAGGUCGCAAUGUCGUCAUCGAGCAGAUGUACGGGGCGCCAAAAAUCACCAAAGAUGGGGUGUCAGUUAUGAUGGUGGUUAUAUGGUCUUAAGGGACUAGAGCCUUUUCUUCGAGAAUGAAGGACAUAAGGGAAGUUUUCUUGUCGUUUCUUUUCUCGGUUAUUCUUGACUAGAGACAAACACAGUUUGACUCCAACUCCGAGGCUGAAUAAAUACCUGAAUAUCAUCUAUUAUCUUCCUCAGGUCUGUGUCUUUUCUAGUUAGGUCGGCUCAUAUCAUCUUCUAUUAUCCCAAAUUCACGACUUGCCUCUAAGUUCCUAGCCAAAGUGAUACAACUUAAAGACAAACUGGAAAACUGUGGAGCUCAAUUGGCGAAAGAGGUUGCCUCAAAAACGAACGAUAUGGCGGGAGAUGGCACUACGUCAGCGACCGUCUUAGGUCGAGCGAUAUUCAAGGAAGGCUGUAAGGCAGUAGCAGCAGACAUGAAUCCGAUGGACUUGAAGAGAGGUAUAAGUGUUUUGAAGGCCUCUACGCACUCUGGAUUUGAAGAGUUGCAAUUGCUCCAGCAUAUGUGUAAUGUGUCUUCAAUGUGAUGAAUCAUAAUCUUCAUGUCUUUGGACAAUCAAAUCAUUUAAUACAAAACCAAAAACCAAACCAUGGAGUGAGUGUUCAAAAAUACUUUGCUUCUAUUAGUUCGCCACAUUUCGCGAUUAUACGCUUGCUGUUGACAACUAUCGUAACACACAGGUAUCGACCACGCAGUUGACCUUGUCCUCCAGGAUUUGGCGAAGCGGUCUGUAGCUAUCUCAUCCCCAGACGAAAUCAAGCAUGUAGCGACAAUAGCAGCGAAUGGGGACGAGGUCAUCGGCUCUCUGCUAGCCGAAGCAUUUGCGAAGGUGGGGAAAGAAGGCAAUAUCACGAUUCAGGAUGGCAACACCUUGGAGCACGAACUAGAGCUCGUAGAAGGCUGCCGCAUUGAUAGGGGAUACAUCUCGCCUUAUUUUAUUUCGACGACAGCAGCUACAGCGUCGAAUAGUAGUAGUGGAGGAAGUCGCGCUGAGCUGGAGAAGCCCUUAGUUUUGCUCUACGAGAAGAAAUUGAGGGACUUACAACCUCUACUACCGAUUCUAGGGAAAGUGCUGCAAACCCAAAGGCCGCUAUUGGUUAUCGCUGAAGACGUAGAGGGAGAAGCCUUAGCAGCGCUGGUGGUCAACAAACUGCGGAAAACGCUCGAUGUGUGUGCUAUUAAGUUAUGAUAAGCACGUAGAUGAAGAGGAUCUCUGAUUGAAUUCAAAUCUGAAUUUUCAUUGGUCUCAGGGUUCAGUGUAGUCGUAUCUAGCAGUUUGAGAGUCGUAUCUAGACCAUCUUGCACCUCCCUCACCUCGUCCCCACUGCUCUAUCAGCAUUUCAAUCGUAACAGCGUUCCUCUCUCCUACGCUGGACUUCCUCUAAUCCAAGCUCCCGGGUUUGGAGAGAAUCGACGUAGUAUGCUCCACGAUCUGGCGGUGCUUACAGGCGGACACGUAAUCAGCGAAGACGUCGGUGGCAAGCUCGAAGCGGCAGAGCUCCAUCAUCUAGGUAGCUGUAAAAAGAUUUAUGGCCGUGGGCAUAACUUCUUCUUCUUUGUGUUGCUAUCAUCUAGGUAGCUGUAAAAAGAUUUAUGGCCGUGGGCAUAACUUCUUCUUCUUUGUGUUGCUAUCAUCUAGGUAGCUGUAAAAAGAUUUAUGGCCGUGGGCAUAACUUCUUCUUCUUUGUUUUGCUAUCUUCACUUAAGUAAUUCGUAGCGCUGCUUCAAUCCGCUUCAAAGCUAACUGCAUUCUUUGUAAAAAUUAUAAGAUAGCAGUAUUGAUGGACUCAACUUACCGAGUUCGCGAGUUAAAAGAGUACCGAUCUCUAAUUCCGCAUCGUCGGCAAAGACUUUACGACCUUUCUUGAGGGUAACAGUAGCAAAAGGGAGGUAG